AUGGACCACGGCAAGAACGCGAAAGUGACCAAAGACUUGAGUCCUCAAAAAGUCCAGCUCCCCAUAGUAUUCGACACAGACACCGGCGUGAUUGAAGGUGGAUUAAAUGUCACUCACACCAUCCGGCUACUUAUGCACGGGAAUGAAGUUGGCAGUAUCAUUGGAAAAAAAGGAGAAUCAGUUAAGAAGAUGUGUGAGGAGAGUGGGGCACGUAUCAAUGUCUCAGAAGGAAAUUGUCUUGAGCGAAUUAUCUCUUGGGCUGGUCCCACUAAUGCCACCUUCAAAGCCUUUGCUAUGAUCCCUGACAAACUGGAAGAGGACAGCAGCAGCUCUGUGACCAAUAGCACAGCUGUCAGUCGAGCCCCGCUCACUCUGAGGCUGGCGGUCCCUGCUAGUCAGUGUGGCUCUCUCACUGGAAAAGGCGGUUGCAAGACCAAGGAGAUACGGGAGCGCACAUGGGUUCAGGUCCGAGUGGCAGGAGAUGCGCUCCCCAGUUCAGCUGAGCGGGCCGUCGCUAUUGCUGGCACCCCGCAGUCCACCAUUGAGCGUGACAGACAGAUCUCCGGGACCACGUUGGAAACUCUCUCCCAGUCCCCCACGAAGAGCGUGACCAUCCCGUACCGGCCCAAGCCAUCAAGUUCUCCAGUCAUCUUUGCAGGUGGUCAGGCCUGUACCGUUCAAGGACAGCGUGCCAUUCCGCAGCCAGAGUUGAUGAAGCUGCGCCAGUCGGCAACACAGCAGUCUCAUUCCGUGAUGCCUGGCAACACCGGAUUCAGUGGCCUUGAAUCCAGCUCUCCAGAGGUGAAAGGCUACUGGGCAGGUUUGGAUGCAUCUGCUCAGACUAUUUCUCACGAACUCACCAUUCCGAACGAUUUGAUUGGCUGCGUAAUUGGCCGUCAAGGCAACAAAAUCAAUGAGAUCCGUCAGAUGUCUGGGGCGCAGAUCAAAACUGCGAACCCAGCGGAAGGAUCUACUGCCAGGCAGGUUACCAUCACUUUAUCUGCUGCCAGCAUUAACCUGGCUCAGUAUCUAAUCAAUGCCAGGCUUUCCUCGGAGACGGGUGGCCUGGGAGCAGCCAGAACGACGCAGAUUCAUCCAUCACUCUUUCUGCUGGCCACCGCCACCACCACGAUCCAUCCGUGUGCUUUCCGAACAGUCAGCAACUCCAGGUGUUAG